AUGGGCCCUACGGACCACGACGGACACGCGGAACCCGCUCAGUCGCGCCCCAUCCGUCCCUUCUCCUCCUCGUUUCCCCCACACCAUCCCUCAUACCAGCCCAUCCCGCGCUCGGACUCGCCCAGCCAACGCACGGCCUACUCCGAGCGCCAAAAGCGUCCCUACGACGACGACCGAGACCCGGAAGGAGAGGUUGGGUACGCGGUCGACGGGCCUGAGCAGUUCGGCGCGAACGCGGGUGGAGGGAUGGGUUGGGCUGCAUCUGUUGCUGAGUUGAGGAGGGGACGUGGUGGGAGAGGGAGGGUGCUGCUUGGAUUGGCGGGACUCACGCUCGUGUACUUGAUUCACGAAGCCUGGGCGCAACCCUCACAACGACCCUGGCACGCCCCUCCACCCCUCUCCGCCUCCUCCUCGACUCCCGCUCCCGCUCACGCAGGCGGUAACGACCCUCACCGCGGCAUCUUCUACGGCGAAGCGCCCGCAACUGCAUCCCCUACCUCCUCUCCUCGCACCUCGACGACGACUACUGCUCCCAUCGCCCGCCCGACGCUCGACGAAGCCCAACUCCCCAUCGUCGACCUCUCGCAAUUCAUCAAACCUCCUCGACCCGUUCCUCCUUCUGACCCUGACCCCUGGGCACACGUAGCCGACAAGCGCUUCCGCGGCCGUGAAUGGUUGAGUCCUGAGCGGUUUGGAGGCGAAGACGAAGGGUGGAAAGAGGUUGCUCCGCCGCCUGAGCGGACGAACCCGCCUGCGCGGUACCUGCUCAAAGCUUUCGAGUACGCGGCGAAAGUUGCGGGUCGCGCGCCGGACGGACGGAAGUGGACGCUUGGAAGGGGAGUGGGAUUCGAUGAGCGCACUGGUCGGCCGAAGAUGGUUGAUCGCGGUGUGUUGAAGUUGGGAACUGAGGCGGGGUGGGUCCCGCCUAAGCAGUUCGCGGCUGCCGAGUUGGGUACGGGAAAGGUGGGCGAGAAGAAGAUGCGGAGGGUACAGGCGGACGAAGUGGUGGACGAGUCCGGCGCGAGCGAGGAGGAAAGGGUGGUCGAGGAGACGCGUCGGAGGGAGUGGGUCAAGAGGGCGUUCAUGCAUGCUUGGGAGGGUUACUCGAAGCAUGCGUGGGGGCAUGACGAGCUCGCGCCCGUCUCGAACCUAUGGUCGGACAACUACAACGGCUGGGGCGCGACAAUCGUCGACAGUCUUGACACGCUUCUCAUGAUGAACAUGUCGCACGAAUACAACUUCGCGCGCGAACACGUCUCGCAAAUCGACUUUACCUACCUCGUCCCGUCCGGCUCGCGCACGUUCUCGACAGACCUGCCCGACCUCGAGGACAUGGAUGUUGCGGAUCCAGACAAGGCGGACGGGUCGGAGCAGCCGCCUGCGCAAGGGUGGGUGGACUCGCGACUGGGGAAGGAGAAGGACCAGCACAGUCCGACCACGAUUCCCUGGUUCGAAACGACAAUUCGCUACCUCGGCGGCCUCCUCUCCGCUUUCGAACUCUCCGGCGACCCGCUCAUGCUCGACCGCGCGACCGAAUUGGGCUAUUGGCUCCUCCCUGCUUUCGCGACCGAGUACGGGCUGCCUCUUGCGCGGUAUGCGAUCGGCACGAAUCCGGAUGGACAGAGGACGGGACGGUUGACGUUGGCGGAGGUGGGGAGCAUGACGCUCGAGAUGACGAGGUUGAGCCAGUUGACGGGCGACGAGACGUACUACCGAGCGGCCCAACGAGCAAUGGACACGCUCGACAAGCACAUGUCGCCUGCUCAGCCUCGACCGACGGACCCGAAGGCAGCGGCAGGACCUCUCUGGCGAGGUCGACUCGGCACUCUCCUUCCCUCGCAAUUCGAUCCGGCCUACACUUCCAGCCUUCAGGGCGAGUAUACGUUUGGCGGGCUCGCAGACUCUUACUACGAGUACCUCAUCAAGCAAGCGCAACUUACGCACUUCUCGCUCGACCAAUACCCGCGCAUGUACCGCGAGGCGAUUGACUCGGCGUACGAGUACCUCGUACGGCCUGUCGAGGUCGUGCCCGGCAGAAACGACAUGACCAUCAUCGGCUCGAUGAGCUACGGGAGCUGGAAGCCCGAGUUGCAGCACCUCACUUGCUUCGCUGGCGGAAUGCUCGGACUCGGCGCCAAGUUGCUCGACCGCCCGCACGACCUGAGAGCUGGCGUGAAUGUCACGAACGCCUGCACGUGGGUGUACGAAUCGUCUGCGACAGGCGUCGGCGGCGAAUCCACGCUUUUCUAUGAGCGGGAUGAGCCUUCGCGCUUCGUCGUCAUCGACCGGCCUGACGGCGCUGGCAAGGUCCGUUCUCCUCGCGGCUCUCCCGUCGGCGUCCGCUCGCAAAACAAGCGCCAAAUUGGCCGACCCGAGACCAUCGAAUCCGUCUUCUACAUGUGGCGCAUCACGGGCAACCGCAAGUGGCAGGACGAGGGAUGGAAGAUGUUUGUGCAUUGGGUACAGCAUGCGAUCACCGAGUCGGGCUUCGGCACCAUCCGGAACACCCAGAUGUUACCGUCCUCGCGCGACGACUCGAUGGAGAGUUUCGUACUCGGAGAAACGCUCAAGUACUACUACCUCCUCUUCUCGCCUCGCGACUUCAUGUCCCUCGACGACUACGUCUUCAGUACCGAGGCGCACCCAUUCUGGAUCGCCCGUCCCUCGGCUCCUCGUCCGCCCGAACCGCUCUGGACGGGCCCCGACCGCAACACGCCCGCCUCCUUCACCACGCAGCUAGGCGAGGGGACGUGGGUGCAGAAGUGGGCAAGGGUGCAGCAGGCCGCGGCUCUCGCGCCCGAGACGAGGUGGACGAAGCCCGGUGCGGCUGCCGUGGCGGGAGGAGGCGUCAGGCCAGCGGCAGCAGUCGGCCACCCUGGCGACAAGCCUGUCAAGCGACCGACGGACGAGGAGAAUGCUGCGGCCGUCCGGCAGGGGAGGCUGGAGAUGGCUGAGGCCGUGCGGAAGAUGGAGGACGCGAAGAAGGGGUCCGCCUGA